UCCCCUCCUCCCACCCGGUGCAUUCUGACGUUGCGCGGCAGGGAAGGAGGGAGGGCCUAGUAGCGGCCGCUGGGAUACAGGCUUCCAACAUGUCUGCGCUGCUGGCUGCGCUCGGGUUGCGAGGGCAGAGGCCGAUGAAAGGAGAGGCCGCUGCGUGAGGAGGAGAAAGAAGAAGAAGGAGGAGGCGGAGGCGGCCGCUCGAACUGUAGCCUGACCCGACUCGACGCCUCAGUUGGGCGACGGAGGCUCCUUGCGCGGGCGGGCGCGGAGUUUCUAGGCAAGCUAAGAGGCUGCGGCGCCAGGAAAUUCCAAGUUAAAGCAAAUAUUGCAUUCUGCAUGAUUUGAAGGCUUUCGAGUUUAAUCUGUUCUGUGCCUGUUGGCUGAAGGAAUGUAAACCAUAAGUUUUUAGACCUGAGCAAAAAUUGGCAAAGUACAGUUAACAGAUACCUUUGUAAAUUAGGAAACAUGGGUGCAUUUUUGGAUAAACCAAAAACUGAGAAACAUAAUGCUCAUGGGGCAGGAAAUGGCCUGCGUUAUGGCCUCAGCAGUAUGCAAGGUUGGAGAGUUGAAAUGGAAGAUGCUCACACAGCUGUUGUAGGAAUUCCUCAUGGUUUGGAGGACUGGUCUUUCUUUGCUGUUUAUGAUGGUCACGCAGGAUCUCGUGUGGCAAAUUACUGCUCAAACCACUUACUAGAACAUAUCACUAACAAUGAAGACUUCAGGGGAACAGAACAGCCCGGCUGUGCUCUUGAACCUUCAGUAGAAAAUGUUAAGAGUGGAAUCAGAACUGGCUUUUUGAAAAUUGAUGAAUAUAUGCGCAAUUUUUCAGACCUCAGAAAUGGCAUGGACAGGAGUGGCUCAACAGCAGUGGGAGUUAUGAUUUCACCUGAGCACAUUUAUUUUAUCAACUGUGGAGACUCACGUGCUGUUCUGUAUAGGAAUGGACAGGUCUGUUUUUCAACACAGGAUCACAAGCCUUGCAAUCCAAGGGAGAAGGAGAGAAUCCAGAAUGCAGGAGGGAGUGUCAUGAUUCAGCGUGUUAAUGGCUCAUUAGCAGUGUCUCGUGCUCUGGGGGACUAUGACUACAAAUGUGUUGAUGGCAAAGGUCCUACAGAACAACUUGUUUCUCCAGAACCAGAGGUUUAUGAAAUUGUAAGAGCUGAAGAGGAUGAAUUUAUUGUCUUGGCUUGUGAUGGAAUCUGGGAUGUAAUGAGCAAUGAGGAGCUCUGUGAAUUUGUUAAAUCUAGGCUUGAAGUAUCAGAUGAUCUGGAGAAAGUGUGCAAUUGGGUAGUGGAUACUUGUUUACACAAGGGAAGUCGUGAUAAUAUGAGUAUUGUUCUAGUUUGCUUUUCAAAUGCUCCCAAGGUCUCAGAUGAGGCAAUGAAAAGAGAUGCAGAUUUGGAUAAGCACUUGGAAUCACGGGUGGAAGAAAUUAUGGAGAAGUCGGGUGAAGAAGGAAUGCCUGACCUUGCUCAUGUUAUGCGCAUUUUGUCUGCAGAGAAUAUCCCAAACUUGCCACCAGGAGGUGGCCUAGCUGGCAAGAGAAAUAUUAUUGAAGCUGUUUAUAACAGGCUGAACCCACACAGAGAGAAUGAUGGGGGUGCUGGCGAUCUAGAAGAUCCGUGGUAGCCUUACAGAUCUACUAAAAUGCUUUUGAAUCUGAAAAAAAGGGGGAAAAACUUUUAAUCAGUUUUCUUCAAUACAAGGGAAAAAUUCUGGUGGAUUUCCAACAUUUUGUGAAAUGGGCAGAAAGAAAUUAUUAGGAUUUUCCAUCAUUUGUUCAUAUUUGUGUUUUCUGAUAUUGCCACUCUUAGCAUUGCCUAUACUACAGUAUUUUUACCAGCCUUGGGCAUAUUGGUUACAUCAAUAUGGAGCCAGAGCCCUAAAAACCAAGGAAUAAUGCUUGGAGCACUUCACUAAAUGUACAUAAAGUACCAUGGGAUUGUAGUUGUACCCUGAAGACACUAUGGUUUAACAAAACUUACAAUACAUGCACACCUGAGUGCAAAUAAUUGUAACAAGACACUUACUUCACCUUACCAAGAUGGAAAUCUUUUACAGCUCUGGGCUUUGGAAGUCAUUCAGUUGGGCAAUAUGCUAUAGGAUGUGUAUUUUUUUUUUUUAAUUUUCCAGUUUUACCUGUAUUACCAGACUGUUAGGAUUUCCCUACAGUGUCCAAAUUGUGAUAUGUUGCCUAUUGCUUGCUUGAGAUAAAGUGUAUUUGGCAAUAAUAUAAGGAGAUUUUAGGCAUCUAAACAAAUACGAAUUUUACGCAUGUGUAUAACACAUCCUUAAACUCUUGCUACAAGAAAUCUUUUUAAACCAAACAACUUAAUUUAUGGUUAGUUGUAAUUUGCUUUGACAUCUCACUCAUUGCUGCGAGUUUUUUUAAAUGCUGAAUAUUUGCCUUUAUUAUAAUGUAAAUUGUGAUUUUGUUCUAAAUGUGGUUUUCUAUAGGUUUUUUUUUUCUUUGAUUUCUAUCAGCUUAAAAGAGAGGUCUUGUGUAAUAUGGGUAUAAUUUUUAAUUGUUUGCAUUAUUUACAAAGUUCAAAUUAUCACUUUGAGAUUACUAUAAAUACAGCUAAAAUUAUCUAUUUUAAAUCUAAGAAAAUAUUAGAGAUAUUUUCAUGGGUUCAGUGACCUUUCAUUUUAUAAGCAAUGGGCAUGGUACAGAGUGGCCGUCAUGUAAGGUACUUGAAGAUUCUUAGUUUAAUUCUAUUUUUGCAAUAACCUUAUUUUUUUCUUAAUUCUUUUGAGUUGUGCAUGUAUUGAGUCCAGUUAAUGCUAAAAGUGGAGAAGAGUAAAGUAUUUAUCUAAAAAAAAAAUAAAAGCUAUUGGGGAGGGGAAAUAAUGAAUGUAUCCAUCUGUACAUGACUUACAUGCUGUGGAUGCCUUGUAAACAUUUUCCUAUUUGUUUAAACUGUGUUUCAAACGAGGAUGUAAUUGCCCUUGUGUGUAGUUUAAGCUAAUGACAGUCAUCAACUGGUUUUGUGUGAAAUAAAAUUCAUGGUAUUUUUCUGUAACCUUCCUCCCCCUCCCCUUACCCACACUUGAGUGUAAAACCUUGUACACUCUUAUAACCUGGUGCCUAUAGCCAGCUUUCCCAAACAUUUGGUUCAUUGUGUUUUUUAUUUUAUUUUAUUUUAAUUUCUUUGGCAGUGGGGUGGUCUAGAGAGGAUUAUUGCCACAAUAUAUUUUAUUUAUUCAUUAGAUUUUAGCCUUGUAAGUUAAAAAGUGUUUUAAAUGAUGAUGUUAACAGGUAUUUGUCCCUACUGUUUUUUGUUUCAUUUUCCUUUUGGGGUUGUUAAAAGCUAGGGAACGAAGAAUGCAAAAUGGUUUAUUGUUCAGACUGUCUGCUCUGGUCUAAUCCUGUACUGAUAGUACCUUCCCAGUAUGAUAUUGUGAUGUUUCAUACAAUACAGUGAACAUAACCAACUUGUUAUCUUCAAUAAAGGAUUGCUAAAACAGUGAGAGGCCCUAUUUUGUGGGGAAAUAGAGAAAAAUUAUUCAGUUCUGUAAUAGGAGAUAACAUAAUGUAUGUGUAUUGUGAUCAUGAUAUAUAAGAGGUAAUGAACUUGGGCCUUUAUUGAAUGCUUGGGUUCAAAUAGCAAUCAUAUAUCAGUAAUGUACAGAUUGAUAUAAACAAGAUCAGUAAUGUGCAAAUAGAUACAGUCCAUAAAUUAAGAUCUGUAAAUUUCAUUGGAUCAAAGACAGUUCUCAAGAAUUGAAUACAUAUAGAACAUGCAAAAGAUAAUAGGGUUUUAUAACACACUGAUGGAAUAUAACUCAUAAAACUCAUACCAAUAACAAUCCUGCUGAACAUUUCUCAAAAAUAACAUACUCAAAUUGUUGAGUUACCAUACUAUAUCAUAUAAUAAUUGUGGGACUGAAGAGUCUCUAAAAGAGAGAAAAUGAACAGAGAACUAAACACUAUUUCUUUCAGCACAAUGCCCUUAGAAAAGGUAUGGUUGACCAGAUACUAUUGACUGGGCUAGAUCCAUUUUCAUUAGCAUCAAACUGCAGUUUAAGAUGUUUUAUUAGAUGCCAAAACCAGUCUAUUACACCUAAUGAAUAUUAGAAACCAGAGUUUACAUUAGCGUAUCUAAGAAUGUAAACUUGUUUCUUUUUCCAAUUAAAAAUUUCAGAUUUAUAGAAUGGUAACAAGUGCAUUGUAGGUAUUUAUACCUGAAUAACUCAAAUCUAGAUUACUACUCACAGGACUCCCAUACUAAAAGAGAUACAGUCUAUCAUUUCUCCCUCUCCUUGUGUCCUCUCCCAUUUUGCUUUGUGGGGGUCAGGUAACUCUUCAAAAUAUAAAGGGAAAUAAUGCCAAGGGCUAUCAGAAGGAGUGGGAAAUUGGGAACCUUCCCUCCCUCAGGAAUUUUUGCUAGAUCUUGGUCAUUUCCAUGAACGGGAAGAGCCUUUCCAUUUGCUGAAGAAAUGCUGUAGAUCCAAACCAGUAGAUAUGGAAGGAUACCACUACAGUAGAGUUAAUCUAUUCACUAAGAUCUCCUCCUUCAAAUAGUCACCCUGUUGUUGCAAGCUUUAUUGCCAGAAUCCUGUAGAUCAAGUCAAUGAGGAUAUGUGUAAGAUGAAGUACAACCUAAAUUCUUUAGUAAAGCAGGUUUUGUAACAAUUUUUGCUGUUUGUAACUUAAAGUAGGAAUUAAACCUGUCUUAAUACAUUUAUAAUAGAUUUGUACUCAUUGCCCUGAAACUCCAUAUGGCAGCACUGUUUAAGUUAAACCCCAGCUAUUUUAUAUAAAGUACUGGCUUACUUCAAAUAGGUGCUGCAAAAGGCUUUGAAUCAACAAUCUUGAUGCAUUUGAGGUGUAAAGCUGGGCUUUUUUGUUACUGCAAUAGUCCCAGCUAAUCUUGUUUCUACAGAGCAACAUUCUGCCAACCAUAGUGUGGAUGUGUUCAUCUUAUUGGUAGCCUGUCAGUUCUACUGAAACAUGAUCUUAAGCUACACCAUGGCUUAUUUCCAAAUUAAGCCUUUCCACUUAAUGCCUGUUACUACCACUGCCAGCUGAAUUGAUUUUAAGUUACUAGUAAAAUGCUGCAAGAAAUCAAGCUCUAAUGAGUCCCAUUAAUAGGAAUCAUUGUAACAAAAUAACUUCAUUAUGUAGACUACUCUUGUGCAUGUUUUAUUCAGAAGUUACAAAAAAGAAACAACCUUAGUAUAUUAAAUCUGGUUUUCAGGCUAAUUAAAGUUGUAACUCUCAUGAACUUGCAGCUGUGAAAAGCCACUUAGAGAUUCAGUUGAUUAUCUGUGCAGAACAGGUUGUGUGCAACAUCUCAUGGCAUGACAUUGCUGGGUUUCUUCCUCAGAUACCAGUGCAAGCCAUUCCCUUUUGUUUACACUAGUAAAAACCACAAAUAUUUGUGUGAUAAACUGUUAGCUAUUAUAUAGAUUGCCAAAUAGAACAAUUUUCAGGUGGCUUACAUUUCAAAUAGCCAUUUAGUACUGGAUAAAGUGAAGCAUUUGCCAUUCUGGCUGUUAGGUUCUGGCUUAGCUAUGGUGUGAUUUGUUUUAGAUGGUGGUGGUGAUGGAAAAAACAAACCUGAUCAGAUCAAUAAAUAUUUGGGUGGGUUUUUUAAUUUUAAAAUUGCUUGUGAGAUGGGCAGUGUCUAAAUUUGAAAUAUAAAUAUAACUUUUAUACCAAAGUCUAGUAAGAGAGAUCACAAAGCGGGAUUGAAGCCAGAUCAACUUUACAUUUAAUCAAGUUUUAUUUAAUUUCAUAAGAAAUUUUAUGAAUUCAAAUAGAUGAGAUGGUGAUCUGUAAGUAGCAGAUUUAUGCAAGAUUUUGACUGAAUAAGAUUCAUUUUGUUGUCAUAAAGAACUCCUCUGUUAUCAACAUUCUCUGGCACUAUAUCUUCCUUGUGUUUUACAGCUACUUUCUUGUGCUCUUCAUGGUCUGUAAACACCACUUUAACAUCCUAGUUCAGCUUCAACCAACCAACCACCUUUUGGGUGCGUUUAAUUACAAUUCCUUCCUCCCCCUCAGCCAAAGCAACCAUUAGGGUGUUGUGAACUUAGUCCAAAACAGGCAAUUCCAACUGGAGAAAACUGAUGUUUUAAAGAUCCCGUUUACAUAGCAAACCAUGUAACCUCCAUUUGAUGAAGCUGUAACAGUCUAUGAUGCCUAGGGCUUCUGUAAAUGUGUGAAUCUGGUGCAUGUCAAUCUGUUCAUAAGUAUAAACAUACUAUUUGUAUCAUAA